UGACGUCACACAGGAGGAAGAACAAAACAAGAUGGCGUCUGGCGGAGAUUACGUUGUUUUGGUUAUUAUGGUUUCUAGGUCUUAAUUACAACGUACAUGUGCACAUGUGUGUCGUUUAACAGAGUAAACGUCGUUAUUAAUUGUUUGUAUGCGGAUACAUUAGUCUGAGUGCACUUUGACGUGCUAGCCUAGCCUGCUGGUUAGCUUAGCUUGUUAGCUGCUAACAAAGAGAGGCGGAAGUGAUCGACACAUCAAAGCAGAGAUCCAAUACGUCUGUGAAGAACAUCUUCACCCUGAGCAACAGAAGUGGAGCUUCAGGAUGCAGACGGAUGAGCCACAGGACAACCUCAUUAAGAAGGAAGAGGAGUACCCACUGAUCCCCCAUUUUAAAAAUGAAGAGGAACACCCACUAAUCCCCCAUUUUAAAGAGGAAGAGGAGGACCCACUGACACCCCAUUUUAAAAAGGAAGCAGUGGAUCCACAGACCCCUCACAUUAAGGCGGAAGAGGAAUACCCACUGAUCCCCCAUUUUAAAAAUGAAGAGGAACACCAAUGGCUACCCUUUUUUAAAGAUGAGAUGGAGGAACCACUGACACCACAUUUUAAAAAGGAAGAGGAGGACCCACUCACCCCCUACUUUAAAGAGGAAGAGGAGGACCAAGAGCCGCCGCACAUUAAAGAGGAAGAGGAGGAAGAGGGCAUCAGUCAGCCUAAAUGGUUGGAGGAGUUCCCAGUGACUGGUGUCCCUGUGAAGAGUGAAGAUGAUGAGGUGAAAGGUGAAAGUGAGGAGAGGGGAGGGGGGGAGCCUCCAAGCAGCAGCUCAACACAACACAUGACAACAGAAGCUGAUGGAGACCACUGUGGAGGAUCACAAGCAGACAAGCUCUUAGCUCCACUAUCAGAUAGUGAGGACACAACGUCACACUCUCCUGACACUGAUGAUGAAGACUCUAAAGAUGAUAAGACAUGUCACACUGACAACACUCACUUCACAUCUUCUCACUGUCACAAAACUUUUAAAUACCAUUGUAGUCUGAAAGUACACAUGAAAACACACACUGGAGAAAAACCUUUCUCUUGUUCAAUCUGUAGUAAAGGUUUUGCAGAAAGUCGAUAUUUGAAAGAACAUAUGAGAACACACACUGGUGAAAAACCUUUUUCCUGCUCAGAAUGUGGUAAAAGUUUUGUAAGAAAUGAACGUUUAAAUGCACACAUGAGAUCACACACUGGAGAAAAACCUUUUUCAUGUUCAAUCUGCGGUAAAGAUUUUACUCGAAGGGACCAUUUCAAAAAACACAUGAGAAUACACACUGGAGAACAACCUUUUUCAUGUUCAAUAUGCGGUAAAUAUUUUGCUCGAAAGAACUACUUUAAAAUACACAUGAGUACACACACUGGUGAAAAACCUUAUACUUGUUCAGUAUGUUGUAGAAGUUGUAUACAAAGUAUGCAUUUGAAAAUACACAUGAGAACUCACACUGGAGAAAAACCUUUUUCAUGUUCAAUCUGCAGUAAAGAUUUUACUCAAAUGCACCAUUUCAAAGCACACAUGACAAGACACACUGCAGACAAACCUUAAACAUGUUCAGUGUGUUGUAAAAGUUGUAUACAAAGUCCGUAUUUUGAAUAGACUCAUGAGAAGACACCCAGGAGAGAAAGUGUUGAGUUGCAGUGUGUGUGGUGAAAGAUUGUCUUCUAAGUAGCAGUGUAAGAAACACAAGUGUGCUGGUGAGAACAGCAGCAGCAAAUGAAACUGCAGGAUUUGAAAUAAACUGUCAAAUCUUAACUUCGACUUUGUAACAACAUCAGCACAUAGAUUCUAACAUUUAUAGAUUAGAUAUUUCAGAUUAUUGCUUUUUUCAGUCAAGUACAUGUUUUAAUAUACACCAUUGUGUACUUUUAUUUAAAAAUGAACACCACACUUUGACUGUAAAGAUGAGAAUAAACAGGACAAAACAUGUUACGAAUACUUUUUAUGUGUAUAGAGAUAUUCAGAAAUCAUGUUUGAUUUUUAAUGAUGUUGUAGAGUAACUCCUUUAAAUGAUGUACAUAUUUGUUUUACAUGUGUUCAUACCUUUGCUUUUGAAUACACAAAAAUCCCUCUUAGUUCAUAUUUAGUGGUUCACACUUGAAACAUCUUCUGGACCACUUCUGGAAACAUAUUAUUAUUUACUUUAUACAUCAUUUAAACAGUUGUCUUUUAUACAAUAUCAUUUACUUUUAAAAUCUGUGACUUUAUGAAUCAUUUGUUGGCUCUCAAUAAUCCAUUCUUUUAAUUAUCUUUAUUACUCUCCUUUGUAAUAUGAAUAUUGUUUUAUAUGUAUGUCCCCUUUAUGCAAUAUGUAGAUUACAGAAAAUGGCAACAUUAUAUGUGGAAGGUUAUGAAGGAUAGUUUUGUUUUUAAUAAUCUACAUUUCUUAUUUUUUUUUAAAACUACACAUGACAAUUUUUUUUAAAAAGGUGUUUAUGAUUUUGUUCCCCCUUUUUUAGAAUCCCUCAAACAUUAUAAAUUUCAGAAAACAUGGGGAAGUUUGGAUUGUUAGGGAAAAGUCAAUAAA